GUUACACCGAAGAUGAACAUGUACGAGGAAAUUGAUAUAUUUGUUUAAAAUUCACGAAAAAAGGUUCUACUGUACGCGCUCAUCCAAUAGUAUUUCUCUUAUCUCCUAUACAUUUCUUGGAAUAUGAUUGGUUAAUAGCGUCCUCAUGGAGACCGAGUAUAUUCGAUAUUAGGUAAUAUUAGUGUGGUCCUGUUGAUGCCAUUGGAAAAGUCCUCAUACCAUUAUGUACCAUGGAUCAACACUGCCAUGUGAAGAAAUCUGUCAUUGAUUUAGUUUGCUUUCAAAGAUAUAUUUCAUUUAUAUACUAAGAAUACAUCAGUUCUAAGACCAGAGCAACCCGACAGUUUUUGACAUCAUGGAAAGUUUGAAUGAGAAACAAUGUACAGCUGCUAAGAAGGGAAGAUUGAAAGAUUUGAAGAAAUGCAUACAAAAAGGGGCAGAUUUGGAAUACAGAGAUAGUGUUGGAAUGACACCAUUAUUGUGGGCAGCACAUGAAGGACACCUUGAGAUCGUACGUUAUCUGGUGGAAGUCGGUUGUGAAAAAGAAACCAGAAACAAGAAUGGAAACACACCACUGUUGCUAGCUGCUGCCAAUGGACAUCUGGGGGUCAUCCGUUAUCUCAUCCAACUUGACUGUGAUAAAGAACCAAAAAGCAAGUUUGGAAGCACACCACUGUUGAUAGCGGCUGCAAAUGGACAUCUGGAGAUCGUCCGUUAUCUCAUCCAACUUGACUGUGAUAAAGAAACAAAAAACGAGGUGAUUGUAUAUAUAUCUUAGUCUGAUUAUUGUCAUCUUUCCACAAAUCAACACGAAACCAGACAGGUUUAACGGAUAGAAAACUUGUAAUAGAGAAUUACA